GAAACACUUGUCCUAAAUAUUCCUUGAUUGAUGAUUUUUCAUGUGAAGAAAAGACUUUAGCUUCUCAAUCGAUCAUCAUCUUCUCAUCACAAAACCCACACAAACGCUUUUCUCCGAUCAGAAUUAUGCAACAUCAAGGCGAUUACAAUUCCGGCACCGCCCCUUAUUACAACUUUCCCCCAAACCCUAAUCCCCCUCCUCCUCCUACUAAUCCACCCACCGAUUUCCUGCACCACCAACAACAACCACCGUUCGCCUCCGCCCCUCCUUUCACCGCCUCCUACCACCCUCAACCACCACCACCACCACCUUCCUCCGAUUACUACCCUCCUUAUCACCCCACCACCGAUCCCCUCCCUCCCACCGCCCCUCCUUCUUUCCCAUCUUCAAACCCUAAUAAUAAUAAUUUCCCCCAAUUUGAUCCCCCUUUUCAACCCCAAUCCCAAACGCCACCUUAUAUUAACAACAACAAUAAUAUAAAUAAUAAUAAUAAUAAUUUAUCUUAUGAUCAUCACCAAACACCACCACCCCUUAACUACCCUCCGCAAAAUCCGGUUUCUUUAAACCAUGCCUCAACUUUUCAAUACCCUUCUUAUAACACCCCGAACCCGGUUCCGGUUUACGAUUCUCCGUACGAUACCAAUAGUUAUGGUAGGAGUGUAUCUGAUAUAGGAGGGGGUGAUUAUUACGGUAAAAAAAACGAUUUAGGAAUGUCGAAUUUCGGUGGAUAUGGUGAUGGUGUAUAUGCAUAUCAAGGUGGUAAAACUGAACCAUAUGGAUCAAGGGGGACGUCUUCGAAGUCGUCUACGUGGAAAGAACAGGUGGUUUUUGAUGAUUUUGGUAGGCCUAUUGGGUUGCCAGGUAAAGAUUCGGGAGUGUCGUCUACUCCCAAGAUAGUUAAGGCGGUACCGAAAGUGGAUACGAGGGAUGAAGUUAAAGGCGGCGGUGUGCAGAAGUUUAGAGUUAAGUUGUUGGCUGAAAGUGGUGGCCAGUCUACCAUGGAUGUUCUUUGUCAGAUUGGAUUGGAUGGAAUCCGAAUGCUCGAUCCCUCUACCAGCCGAACUUUGAGAAUAUAUCCUCUUGACACAAUAACGAGAUGUGAAGUGUAUGAUUCAUCUACUUUUGCAUUUUGGUCCAAGAGUACUGUAGAUAUUGAGCCAAGGCGUAUAAGGCUGCAAUCCAACAGUUACACUACAAACACUUUGUUGGACACAGUAACUGCAGCAACCAUUCAGGUUAAGGAGAUGGGUGGGAGGAGCAGGCCUGUUGAUACUGUUAAAGCUACUGAGCAGUCAACUGAAAAGAAAAAAGGUUUAGGUGACUGGAUGAACAAAAUCAAACCGCAAAUUGAAGAGAAAGAUCACUGGGUACCUGAUGAAGCUGUGACCAAAUGUACUGGCUGCAGUGGUGAUUUUAGUGCCUUUAACAGAAAGCAUCAUUGCCGAAACUGCGGAGAUAUUUUCUGUGACAAGUGCACUCAUGGAAGAAUUGCUCUUACAUCUGAAGACAAUGCUCCUCAAGUUCGUGUUUGCGAUCGUUGCAUGUUGGAGGUCACUCAACGGUUGAGCAGUGCCAAGGAAGCUGCUUCUAGCAGAUCAUCUGGAUUGCAGAGUCAUGAAGAUCUUGCAAAGAAACUUCAGGAGGAGAUGGAAAGAAAUCACAAAUCAUCGUCAGGUUCCAAGUCAGAUGGGUUCAACAGGCGGAUGAAAGAAGUUGCUUGUCCUACUUGUACAGUUCAUUUGCAGGUUCAAGUUCCUAGCUCGGGAUCUGAGACAAUAGAAUGUGGAGUUUGCCAGCAUCCGUUUCUUGUAAGUGCACGUUGAAGGCCCGGACUGUUCAUUCCAUUUUCCUGUUUAGUUUUGGUGAUUUUGAUCCAUUCAUUGUUACUAGUACAUUCAUGUUCAAAUACCCUGGACUUGUUGUUCUUGUGUGGUUUGGUUUCUCAAAUUGAUGUUCAUCUUUUGUAUGUAAAUGCGGUUUUUUAUGGUGA